AUGAAUAUGACACUUAAGAUCAACCAAGACGACUGGUUCCCAGCCGCGCUGUCAAAUCUCGCUCACGUAGGGAAAACCUCUUCUCGUCUUAAGGCUAGGUUAACUCCCUCUCAGUUAGACAUGUUUAGUCAAACAUGUUUUGGUCCGAUUUUAGGGAUGAACGUUGUAUUUAACGGUCCGUUGCUCCAUCACCUGUUGCUUAGAGAGGUAGAGGAACCUAAAGACGACCUCAUUAGCUUUAACCUAUUCGGGAAUAGGGUCUCUUUUGGGAAGCGGGAGUUCGACCUAAUAACCGGUCUUAGACACACCAUGAAUAGGGUAGAUGAGGAUGUUCGUAACCGGAGACUUAGAAUUCUGUAUUUUCAAGACAAGGCGAGUGUGAAGUGUUCGGAGUUGGAGAAAAUUUUUUUAGAACACACAUUCGAAAAUGACGAGGACGCUGUGAAGAUUGCUAUAGUGUACUUCAUAGAGCUUGCCAUGAUGGGCAAGGAAAGGAAGCUGAAAAUGGACACGAGCCUCCUUGGGAUUGUGGAUCGGUGGGAAGUUUUCUGUAAUUAUGACUGGAGUUCAAUGAUUUUUGAAAGAACUCUCUGGAGCUUGAAGAACGCUCUGAAGGACAAGGUCGAGRCGUACAAACAGAAGGUCGCUAUGGACUCGAGCCAUGUUGAGACGUAUAGCUUGUAUGKGUUUCCAUACGCUUUUCAGGUUUGGGCAUACGAGACAAUAUCAACCUUGUCGACUCGAGUAGCAUUGAGGCUGAAUGACGAUGCUAUUCCUCGUCUACUUAGAUGGUCCUGCACCUAUUCGCGUGCUUUUAAUGUUUUGGAGCGAGAGGUCUUCGAGAACGUCAAGUCGAAGGUUGUAGUUCGUUUGGAGGCGACUGAUGUCGAACGAUAG